AUGGUUCAACCUACAGUUUCAGUGCGUAAAGUCAUUCCUGCAGAUAUCAAGCAUGCUGAAGAAGCAACCAAAGUAGUAAAUGCUGCUUAUCGUUCAGAAGGUGGCUGGACCACUGAAUCACAUAUUAUUAGCGGCUUGCGCUGUACACUGGAAGAUAUGGAGCGUUUUAUCCGCACGAGUGGUCAACCUAAUACAUUACUGUUUGCAUUUGAAGAAGAACAAGUCGUGGGUACACUUCAAAUUCAACCUUCAAAAGAGGACCCAGCUGAGGCCGAAGUGGGUCUGUUUUCAGUCUCACCUUUGCAUCAAUCCCGUGGUAUUGGAGGCAAAUUGAUUCGCCAAGCAUUGAUUGAGAUGAACGCAUUGGGCUUUAAAUAUGCCAUGAUGCAUGUCUUAGAAAACCGACCAGAAAUCUUAACUUGGUACAGAAAGCUAGGCUUUGUCGAAACAGGUGAACGAAUUCCUUUCAUUUGGCCUGAAAUGCUGAAAGAAGAUAAGAGCGUUCACUUUUUAACCCUGAAAAAAUCGGUUUGCACACCCAAUUAA